AGAGCAGCUGAUGUCUGCCGCUGCUGCUGCUGCUGCUGCUCCGAACAGAAGGGAAUAAUAAAAAAAAAGAGGCACCGAGUUGCUGUUGAGCUCGAGUUGGACCAGUGAGAAGAGCAGAGAAGAGUAGGACACAUUCAGGACGUUUUGGGAAGAUCUUUCUUGUUUUUUUUGUGCCAACUGGAUGUGGCUGAUCCCAGACGAACUGGCCAAGGAGGAUCUUUGAGCAAUUCCCAGUAAAAAGUACUGCAGCCUUUCUCUACAAUUCUACAGGUUGAAAUUCACCUUUUAUUAAUUWUUUUUUUUWAAGAUGACCACUAUGCAAAGGUUGCUCCAGCUGCCCGUGAAUGCUGUGAACAUUGUGAAGACGGUGCAGAGUCAGGUCCAGGGCCAGGAGGAGGACAAGAGCCCCGUGUUGAGCCCCGACAGCGGGCAGCAGACUUGGUACAGUGCCCUGCAGCCGGAUGAGCUGCGCCACCUCCGAUCUGGGGGCAUUGGGGGUGGCGGAGGAGGAGGAGGUGGUGGAGGAGACCAGGAGGAACGAGGCUCACAGGAGGAUGGAGGUGGAGGUGGCAGCUUCCAAAGUCAGCCCCUGCGGCAUGACGACUUGAAGGAGAUGCUGGACAGCAACAAAGACUCCCUGAAGCUGGAGGCAAUGAAGCGGAUUGUGGCUAUGAUCGCCCGCGGUAAAAAUGCAUCAGACCUCUUCCCAGCUGUGGUGAAAAACGUGGCGUGUAAAAACAUUGAGGUGAAGAAGCUGGUCUAUGUUUACUUGGUACGUUACGCCGAGGAGCAGCAAGACCUCGCCCUGCUCUCAAUUUCUACCUUCCAGCGUGGCUUAAAGGAUCCCAAUCAGCUCAUCAGAGCCAGCGCCCUGCGAGUCCUGUCCAGCAUACGAGUUACAAUCAUCGUCCCCAUCAUGAUGCUGGCCAUCAAAGAAGCCGCUUCAGACAUGUCUCCAUACGUCAGGAAGACCGCUGCCCACGCCAUCCCCAAACUCUACAGUUUGGAUCCUGAACAAAAAGAUCAGCUGAUAGAAGUCAUAGAGAAACUCCUGGCAGACAAAACCACGCUGGUGGCAGGAAGCGUCGUCAUGGCGUUCGAAGAGGUGUGUCCGGAGCGCAUCGACCUGAUCCACAAGAACUACAGGAAGCUGUGCAACCUGCUUAUCGACGUGGAGGAGUGGGGCCAGGUGGUCAUCAUCAACAUGUUGACCCGCUAUGCCAGGACCCAGUUUCUCAACCCAAACAUCAACGAGUCUCUGCUGGAGGAGGGAGGAGGAGGAGAUAAAACCUUCUACGGCUCAGAUGAAGACGAGGAUGAGGACGAGGAGGAGAAGGAGAAGAAAGCAGAGGCGGCCGCCAUGGCCAAGAGGAAGCCCUACGUGAUGGACCCCGACCACCGGCUGCUGCUGAGGAACACCAAGCCGCUGCUGCAGAGCCGGAAUGCAGCCGUGGUGAUGGCUGUGGCCCAGUUGUAUUUCCACCUGGCCCCCAAAGCAGAAGUUGGCGUGAUUGCCAAAGCGUUGGUCCGCCUGCUGAGGAGCCACAGUGAGGUCCAGUACGUCGUUCUUCAGAAUGUGGCCACCAUGACCAUUAAAAGGCGGGGCAUGUUCGAACCGUACCUGAAGAGUUUCUACAUCCGCUCCACGGACCCAACCCAGAUUAAAAUCCUUAAGCUGGAGGUUCUCACCAAUCUGGCCAAUGAGACAAACAUUUCCACUAUUCUCAGGGAGUUUCAGACAUACAUUAAAAGCAUGGAUAAAGAUUUCGUAGCUGCAACAAUUCAGGCUAUCGGCCGCUGCGCUACGAACAUCGGUGAAGUGAGAGACACGUGUUUGAACGGCCUGGUGCAGCUGCUGUCCAACCGAGAUGAGCUGGUGGUGGCCGAGUCAGUGGUCGUCAUCAAGAAGCUGCUUCAGAUGCAGCCGGAGAAGCACAGUGACAUCAUCAAGCACAUGGCGAAACUAACAGACAACAUCCAGGUCCCGAUGGCACGAGCCAGUAUUCUGUGGCUGAUUGGAGAAUACUGCGAGCAUGUGCCAAAGAUCGCUCCGGACGUCUUGAGGAAGAUGGCCAAGUCGUUCACCAAUGAGGAAGACAUCGUCAAGCUGCAGAUCCUAAAUCUGGCCGCGAAGCUUUACCUCACCAAUUCCAAGCAGACUAAAUUGCUGACGCAAUACGUUCUCAACUUGGCCAAGUACGACCAGAACUACGACAUCCGCGAUCGGGCCCGCUUUAUUCGSCAGCUCAUCGUUCCCACGGAGAAGAGCGGCGCCCUCAGCAAGUACGCCAAGAAGCUUUUCCUGGCUCUGAAACCUGCACCUGUCCUGGAGUCUCCGUUUAAAGAAAACUCACUGGGCUCCGUUUCUGUCCAUCAGGUGCCUGAAUGGACCAAAUGCAGCAGCCGGGAGAAGAGGAAGGAGAAGAAAGUSGAGAAGCCGUUYUACUCCGACUCAGAGGGMGAGUCCGGCCCGACCGAGUCUGCUGACAGCGAGUCGGACUCUGCCAGCGGCUCGGAGAGCGGCAGCGAGGGGAGCGGCUUGGCCUCAGAGAGCGAAGAGAGCGGCGAGGUCUCCGUGUCCGAGGAGGAUGAGGAGGAGGAAGAGGAGGAAAAUAAAACGAAGAAGAGGGAAUUAAAGAAGGUGGUGCARGAAAGCGAAAGUGAGCAGAGCAGCGAAGAGGAAGACAGGAAACACGAGAGGAAGAUGAAACAGCGGAAGAGCGACUCGGAGUCGGAGUCUGACGAGGAAGAGGAGAGCGAGUCUGAGAGCAGCCAGUCAGAGUCUGACGACUCCGAGUCUGAGGCAGAAGUCAGAAAGAAAAAGAAGGCAGCUGAAUCUAAACCUCCUUCCAAACCUGUCAAGAAAGAAACCAAGAAAGAGAAGAAGGAAAUGUCUCUUUUGGACCUCGAUGAUUUUGAACCAGCUCCCUCACCUCAAGUCACACCAGUCAACAACUUGCUCUCUAACAGCCUGGUGACCGACCUGGARGGCCUUUCCCUGUCCGAAGCCGUCCUGUCGCCAGCGACCAUCGCCCCCUCCAGCGCGCUGAAGAGCUACGAGCUGCUGCACCGCAUCACGGGCGAGGGUCUGUCGGUGGAAUACUGCUUCAGCCGGCAGCCGUUCAGCCCCGACGCCAACAUGGUGGCGGUGCAGAUGCAGUUCACCAACAGCUCCACGUCCGACACCAAGAGCCUGCACAUGGAGGACGUGAAGCUCCAGUCGGGGAUGAGGGUGAAGGAGUUCCCGGAGAUAGAGUYGCUGCCRGCCGGCGAGACGGCCACGGCGGUUAUGGGYAUUGAUUUCUGCGACUCGACACAAGCUGCAAACUUCCAACUGUGCACGCACACCAGGAAAUUUUUUGUGUCCAUCCAGCCGCCCGUCGGAGAGCUGAUGAGGCCGGUCUUCCUCACAGAGAACGAGUUCAAAAAGGAGCAAGGUCAGCUGAUGGGAAUGAAUGAGAUCACAGAGAAGCUAAUUCUAGAUGCCAAGUGUCGGAACGAGCACGCCAUCGUCCAGAGAGUGACCACCGCCGCCAACCUCAGCCGCGUCCCCUGUGGCUCAGACAAAGAGUGCAGUCCUCCUGUUCCUCCUCCUGAACAUCCUGUCCACAGGUUUGCGGGCAGAACGGUGACCAGCGGCAGCUUGGUGCUGGUCACCGUGGCGACCAGAGAAGAGGGCGCCGCCCAGCUGACGAUCAACUGUGAGAAGAUGGUGAUCGGCACCAUGCUGGUUAAGGACAUCCUCCUGGCCCUGACGCAGUGACGAUAAGCAGACACCCGGCUCGACUUGUGCCCCCUCACUCCAGCCACCUCGUGAAUUUCGUUUAGGACUGGUCACCGCUCCAUCUCCUGUGUUCUCCAGCAAGCCACGUUGGAGAGAAAGCUUCCAGAGUGUGAACAGCUUCUUUUUAAAAAAUAAAUCCUCCAAACUCUGUACACUGCAUCUGAAGAGUGAUGGAGAAGACAUCUAUAGAAAAAUGGAAUCAGAUUGUAGCAUAAUCAUCUUUUAGCUGCUCAGUUACCCUAAAUACCACUUACUGGUAUUUAGGGUAUUGAAGCAAAAUGGACAUUGUUUGGAGGUUCUCUGCUGUGCUUGUACUCAUUGUCCACAUUAAAAAUUUUGUUUCAGGUGAAAUAAAAAAAAAAAAAUGCUUCCAAAAGCGAAGAUUUUAAACUCUGUUUGUGGUGUAACCACGUGAAUCGGACAUCCAGAGAUAAGUGGAAAUGAUGAUUUUAGAGGCCCAGCUUGCAUAGGUCCGGUACAACAGUGACGCAGUUUUUAUGUUUCUUUUUUCCCCCUCUUUUGUCCUGACUUUGUUUCCGUUAAGCCUCAGUUUUAAGCUGUUGAAGUUAGUGACUGAGAGGAAAAGCUAAAACUGUUAAAUCUUUAACCUGGGACUGCUUUAGCCGUGCUCAGGACAUUUUUUAUCAUUUUAAUUUCUUUCAUGUUGACAUUAUUAUUAUCUAUUGUGUAGCUGUCACAGUGGUUUGCAUUGGAAUCCAAGUGAUGGUGGAGAGACAUAAAGGUUUACAAAAACAAAAGAUGAAUAAUUAGCUGGAGUGGUUUAGCUAGGCUAUUGGAGAUCCAAACAAAAAUACACCAGAACAAAAUAACUUUUAUCUGUUUGGGAAAAAAAGAAAAACAUGUCAUAAUAGUAUAAAAUCAGAACACUGUAUACUUAUAAGACUAAGUUUUUAUUAAGUAUAACCAUUUCAAUUGGAUUUUUGAAAGUAAAAAAAAAUCAGCUAUCUCAACAUAUUUUAUUAGCAUUGAGGGUCAACUUGAAAAAAAUAACACAAAUCUGGAUCAUUCUGUUUUGUCUCAAGAAAUAUUAAUCAUUUACUACGGGCAGUAAAACAAAGCGUGUAAACAGGAUUCUUUAAAUACAUCAAUUGAACAAGUUAACCUAGUUAGAGCGCUGAGCAGAUGAGAAGUUUAUGAGCAGGCAGUCUUAAAAAGAAAGUGAUUUGACUUGAAAGUGCUGUAUUACUACUGCAGUGCUAUGAGUGUGUGUGCUUUGAGGGUGUACUUUUGUGUUUAAUAUUGUUAAUUAAUGUUAAAUUUCACCAAGUGGAUUUCAAAUCUGUUUGAAAAAAAUAGUUUUUUUUUCACAGAUUGAUUUUUUUAGUUGCUUGGCUGACCAAACAGCCAAAAGAUAUUUACCAGUAAAGUGGCACUUUUAUUGAAUUUGUUUUUCACUGAAAAUUUUUUAUAUCUUCCAAUAUUUAGAAGCCACUUGUUUUUAGAAAACUAAACAGAAACAAUGUAAGAUUUUCCAAAAAAGAAAAAAUUACUUUCAGUGUCUUUCACAGCUCAUUUCUUUCACAGUAAAAACUUAGCAAAAGCUAAUAAGUAGUUAGCUUAGUCUAGGUUCUGCAUAUUUUCUAAAAUUAGCACAGUAGAAACACACAUUAAAAUGGGUUAGCUUUAGUUAUAAUGAUAAUGAGAGUUUAAUUAUCUCCAAACAAACUCAAGGUAGCACUUUUUUUCUAUCUUAGUAGCUGAGAAGUUAGCAGGCUAAUAAGUUUCAGCUGAACGGUACAAACCUUAUCUUUCAGCAAAAAUAGCAACAAGAAAUAUUUUAAAGAUAUGUCAAAUUUGUUAAUCAAAAAUAUUACAGUCAAUGUUCAUGUCAAGGUAGGAUUUUGUUCAAAAUUCCGUUUGGGUUUAAGAUUUAAGGAAAACAUUUUGAAAUUGGCAUUUCAAAGUCAUUUACAAGGACCAUUUUUUAAAGAAAUGUUUGUCUAAAUCACAUUCAAGUCAAAGCUCAUGCAGCUUAUUUUUGUGAAACUCACGAGGUCCAGUAAAAAUGGUAGUUUUUCUAUUUUUUCCCCCCAUCAUUUGGUGUAUGGAUUUAUUUUUGCCCUUGGAAACAAAGUCAGGAGCAGAGGCAAUAUAUCAUGUCAAAUGUAGCCAAUCGUGGAGAGAGUAUAUAUUCACAAACAUUUUGUUUUGGUUGCCAUUAAUCCUAAAACUUCCUGUUUAUAGCAGCACAGACACAACGAGAUAAUGAAAUAUUCCUUAUCCCCAACGAAAAGGAGGCGGGUUUCACAGAAAACGGCAAAUUCACACCUGGUCAUUCCUUUCAUCUCCAAUGGCUUUUACAUAGACGAAGUACGGAUUAUCAUGCCCUGUGUGUGGUUGUGAAUUGUAAUCUUGAGGUAUUGCAAGUUUAUUUAUUGUACAAAUAAAAGAUUAAAGCUUG